AUGGUAUUUGAAAAUUCGUUCACUACAGACAAUUCAUGUCCUUUGGACUUACCUUAUUCAUGUACUAACUCAACACCCAUUGAGAAUUCAUGUUGCUUCGAAAACCCUGGUGGUAUCAUGUUACAAACACAAUUUUGGGAUUAUUACCCACCAAUUGGUGGUAACGAAACUUUCACUUUACAUGGGCUUUGGCCAGAUAAUUGUGAUGGGUCAUAUGAACAAUUUUGUGAUAGAAAUUUAGAAAUUCAUGGCGUUGAACCCAUUUUAGAUAAGUUUGAACCGGGUUUAUACGAUGAGAUGAAGACUUAUUGGAAGAAUUUCAAUGGUAAUGAUGAACUGUUAUGGGAACAUGAGUUCAACAAACAUGGAACAUGUGUUAAAACCAUUAGACCUCAAUGUUAUGGAAAUUUCCAAAAUGAUAGAAACGUUUAUGAUUACUUUAAAGUAGCUACUAAUCUUUAUAAGAGCUUACCAACAUUUGAAUUCUUAAAAGAAGAAGGAAUUGUUCCUAGUAACGAAAAGACUUACACCAAAAAACAAAUUGACGAUGCAUUAACUAAACAUUUCGGUCAGAAAGUCUUCUUUAAAUGUAAUAAGUAUCAAGGAUUACAAGAAAUUUGGUAUUUCCAUCAUUUGAAAGGUUCUUUAUUACAAGAGAACUUUAAACCUAUUGAUACUUUGAGCCAUUCAAGUUGUCCUGAAACAGGUAUUAAAUUCUUCCCUAAAGGUGCAUUAGGUCCUUCUCCACCACCAUCGCCUGGAAGAAGAGGAUACCUCAAGAUCUCCAACGGUUGUUUGAUCUCAAAUGGUAAGUUCUUUACUAAAGGUACUUGCGCAACUUUCAGACUUGUUAAUGCUGAAUUUGGAGGUUACAAUAUUCUUUCAAGUAAAGGAACUUGUGGAAUUGUUGAUGAUAAGAUUGUAUGUAACAGAUCUAAAAUCACCAAGAAUCAAUUCAACUUCAAAGAUGGAUUAGUUGGAUUUAACAGUAAAUUCAAAUGGUGCAUUGAAGGAAGUAAAGACCAAAAGGAUGUGGUAUUAUCUGACGGAACUUGCGAAGAGUUUGAAAUUAGACUUCAAUAA